CUCCAAGUCCUUCCAAUCGAGCACUUUCUGGAUCAUCGAAAUUGUGCUCUCCAAAUUCCAGCGCCUCGUCGAGGAAAUCGUCAUCCCAAGCGAAGCCUGCAGAUUAUUUCUGCCCUCGAAUGGAGUUUUGAAUGGGGUACGCGGAGAGCCCAUCUGUCCACCGCUGGGAGACUAGGUAAGGACGUUAGCGAUUCCGACGACAUGGAAGUGUCCACUCCAACGGACUCGAUGAUGUCUGCUGGGGGCUCUCGGUCGCGACCCAGGUUGUGCUUGAGCCAAGAAAGCCUUUUGCCACUUCGGCAUCGAAAAGUUCUGGAGGGAGGCGUUCUUUUUCGACAUCUGACUUUCGCCUGGUGAAAGAUGUAAUGAACACCGAGAACGUGUGCAGGGGAAAAAGUUGUACAUACGCAUCCUCGAAGCGGAAAUGGCAUCUUUAAUGCCCUCAGUAUCCAAGACUAGCGUUCCGUAUGGCAACUUGCUAGAACCAGAUAUGCUCUUGAGCACCGAAACCUU